GGGUUGUGGCCACGCGCAGCGGCGGCGGUUGUUCCGCUUCCCCUCCGGCCCGGGCCGUCGCCAUUGCCGAAGGCUCCCAGCCUCCCCUCCCUGGCGCCGCCGGGCUCGGUUGUAGCCCGGCCAAGCUUACCAGCGGCUGCGCUCCCUCGCGGCUCCUCCCGCCCCGCCGCGCUGUCCUGCCCGGCUCUCCACUCCUAGCACCGCGCACUCGCCCGGGGCAGCUCCGCAGCCCGCCAGGAGCUCGGACCAAGGCGCCUCGCCGGGGCGGGGACCUUUCCUCCCCUGGGGCCAUUUCAUAAUUCUGAAUCAUGUCUGACAACGGAGAACUGGAAGACAAGCCUCCAGCACCUCCUGUGCGAAUGAGCAGUACCAUUUUUAGCACUGGAGGCAAAGAUCCCUUGUCAGCCAAUCAUAGUUUGAAACCUUUACCUUCUGUUCCAGAGGAAAAAAAGCCCAGGAAUAAAAUCAUCUCUAUAUUCUCAAGCACAGAAAAAGGAAGUAAAAAGAAAGAAAAAGAACGGCCAGAGAUUUCGCCUCCAUCUGAUUUUGAGCACACCAUCCAUGUUGGCUUUGAUGCUGUUACUGGAGAAUUUACUGGCAUGCCAGAGCAGUGGGCUCGAUUGUUACAGACCUCCAAUAUCACCAAACUAGAGCAAAAGAAGAAUCCUCAAGCUGUGCUGGAUGUCUUAAAGUUCUAUGACUCCAACACAGUAAAGCAGAAAUAUCUCAGUUUUACUCCUCCUGAGAAGGAUGGCUUCCCUUCUGGAACACCAGCACUUAACACCAAGGGGUCAGAAACAUCAGCUGUAGUAACAGAGGAAGAUGAUGAUGAUGAAGAGGCCGCGCCUCCUGUCAUUGCCCCACGACCAGAUCAUACGAAAUCAAUUUAUACACGGUCUGUAAUUGACCCCAUUCCUGCACCUGUUGGUGAUUCAAAUGUCGACAGUGGUGCCAAAUCUUCAGACAAACAGAAAAAGAAGACAAAGAUGACAGAUGAAGAGAUUAUGGAGAAAUUAAGAACUAUUGUGAGCAUAGGUGAUCCUAAGAAAAAAUAUACAAGAUAUGAAAAAAUUGGACAGGGGGCUUCUGGUACAGUUUUUACUGCUACUGAUGUGGCUCUGGGACAGGAGGUUGCUAUCAAACAGAUUAAUUUACAGAAACAGCCAAAGAAGGAACUGAUCAUUAAUGAGAUUUUGGUGAUGAAAGAAUUAAAGAAUCCCAAUAUAGUUAACUUCUUAGACAGUUACCUGGUAGGAGAUGAAUUGUUUGUAGUAAUGGAGUACCUUGCUGGUGGGUCACUUACUGAUGUUGUAACAGAAACCUGCAUGGAUGAGGCGCAGAUUGCUGCUGUGUGCAGAGAGUGUUUACAGGCAUUGGAGUUUUUACAUGCCAAUCAAGUGAUCCACAGAGACAUCAAAAGUGACAAUGUGCUUUUGGGAAUGGAAGGAUCAGUUAAACUUACCGACUUUGGUUUUUGUGCCCAGAUCACCCCUGAGCAGAGUAAACGCAGUACCAUGGUUGGAACACCUUAUUGGAUGGCACCAGAAGUGGUUACACGGAAAGCUUAUGGCCCCAAAGUUGACAUAUGGUCACUGGGUAUCAUGGCUAUUGAGAUGGUCGAAGGAGAGCCUCCAUACCUCAAUGAAAAUCCUUUGAGGGCCUUAUACCUGAUAGCAACUAAUGGAACUCCAGAACUUCAGAAUCCAGAGAAACUUUCCCCAAUAUUUCGAGAUUUCUUAAAUCGAUGUUUGGAAAUGGAUGUCGAGAAAAGGGGUUCAGCCAAAGAACUGUUACAGCACCCCUUCCUGAAACUGGCCAAACCAUUAUCUAGCUUGACACCAUUGAUCAUGGCAGCUAAAGAAGCAAUGAAGAGUAACCGUUAACAUCAUUGAUGGGGCUUCAUAUUCUUUUUUCCAUUUUCUAAAAAGAAAUUUUUUAAUAUAUGAAAGUUAUUUCUCUUUUGUGUGUUUAAAGAGAUGGUCUGCAUAACAUGGAAGGAAAAAACAAACUACUAUUCCCUGAAGACAACUAAGAAAAAAAUUGCAAAAAGAGAACUGUGACUUUCAAGUGAAUCCCUCCUUUAGGGUCAAAAAGGAAUAAUGGACUGAAUCACUAGCCUUACAUCUUUCAGCAGACAGCCUACCGAGGCCAUUUUUCAUGCUUGAGAUUUGCAUUUUAUUUUGCUGACUUUGGUAUAAUAGAUCCCAUUCGUUGUCUCCUUUGGGAUAUUUUCAAUACUUGAAUGGCAGAUUUGAGUUUUUUAGAGUGUUUUAUCUGCUGGUCUUCAUUUCUCUCCUUCAUAACUUUUCCUUUCCUUUCUUUGACUUGCUCCUUCUGAGUUGCUUUGAGAAGUUCUUCUCAGGCCUAAAKUGAAGGCAAGUAUGAUAGAAAUUAUGUAGCUCUUUAUAUUGGCAAGGGAGGCUGAUAUGGCUUAACUUUUUGUAGAAGUUACGACCAGCUACUGUUACAUGUAAUAUUUCAGUUCAGAACUUGAACUGAAGGAAGCAAGGAAGAAAAGUAUGUGAUUUUUACCUUUUUUAACAAAUGUGAAAGAGUCAGUUUUAGAAAUUUCAUGGUAGUGAGUUUGGCAUUUGUUACAUGUAUAGAAAGAAAACUAAUAAUCUAUAUUUAUAACUAAAAUCAUUGAAACAGAAAAGGAAUCCCAUCAACUUUAUCUCCUUAUGGUUUUGUCUUCCUUUCUGCCUGUUUCCUCUUCAGACUUGGCUUUAGGAACCACAGUGAUUUGUGCUUGUUCCAACUUGGGCCUCGUGACUUUGGUUGGUGCCGCUGCCUUCCCCUUUCUUUUCCCUCUUUUCUCCCCUUCAUUUUGGAAAUAAGUUUCUGUAUAUGUUGCAAUUUUGGGUUUGGGGGGUGGUUUUGUUUUUAAUUAACCUCUCCCCAUACACUUACCCCUCCCCCAACCCCUGGAACAAAUAAUAUAAUAACCAUCGAAUUUUCAGAAUUGAAAAGUUAACUUUUUUUCCCUCUUACAUUUGGGCGGGCAAAAACAAAAGUGAAAGUCUUGAACCUUAGUGAGUUCUAAAAUAAUUUAAAUCAUGAAAGAGAAAUAUCAAUAAUAUAGAGAUGAGACUUAUGAACAAACAGUAAACUAUAAAGAUUUUUGUCAUUAAGUUACUGUUCUCCCAACCCAUUAGUAAUGUUUUAUUAUCUAUGAGAACUUAAAUAACAAAGUAGUUGUUAAUAUGGAUCACUUGAGAUGUUGAGUUACUUUAGUUUUUGUUUUUCAAAUAAGUAGAAACUAUUCGUGUAAAAAAGUGGAGAAAGGAAGAAAAAUUGUACUUGAUGAUAGUAAUGCUUUUUUAAAAAGAUUUAAUAAAAGGUCUGUGACCUUUAGCAUUAUAUUAGAGUUCCCCGUCCUUCCCCUCCCCUUCUUUUCUUUUCUUCUCCUUUUCAUUGUUGUUGUUAUUGUUGCUGUUUUGCUUUUGGAGGAGGUAUUGGCCAUCCUGACAUGCCUGGAACCACAUACAGACAAAAAUCUGUGGUUGGUUCUGGCAUUUUGUUCCCACCAUCUUCUCCCAAUGAACUCUUCACACCUGUUUGAUAUCCUGCAAUAAUACAAAUCAUGAAUAAAAGUAAUUUUGAUGUUUUGGAAUAUAUUGGGAAAAUUAGCAGGGUUUCAUUUUUAUUUCCACCGUAUCUGUUAAAUUCAGGUAUAAAGAGAAAUGGCUUAUUUAUCGAUAGUACAGGAAGGUUUUCAGAAAAAUGAGUAAAAUAAUUAAUGAAACUCAUCUAGAGCACUUAAUGGCCUCUGUUUUCAGUAUGAUUCUUGAUUUCAUUUUUCUCUGGACUGUAUUUGGUCUUCUAUAGCUGUCACUAAAUUACAGAAAGAAGCUGGUUUAUUUUUUGAGGAAAGCUACAGUGCAUCUUGAGUUCCAAAUUUGAACCUUCUUUGUAAACGGAUGGAUUAUGAUAAAGAAGAUGCUACUAAUGAAUAGAAAAUGAACCUGACUGAAUAAGACUGCUCAUCAUGACCACUCAAGAAGGCACUUCCAUCCUCAGACAUGGGAUAUGUGCCAGCACCCCCAUUUUAUGCUGUGACUCAACAAAGGGCUUUUCCGUUGAUAGAAGCAAUUUGGGAUUUGUAUACAACUUCUUUGAUGGUUACCUGCAUGUCCAUUGCUGGCAACGGACUUUGUCAUUAAAACCUGCCUCCUAGGUUAAGGGAGCUGCACUGUGGUUUAUUCUUUACUUUUACUUACUUGGGUAAACUAACCUGUAAUAGAAAUAUAUUUUGGUUAAUUCUGAAAUGUGUCAUUUGAAACAAAAUCAUCUUAAAAAGCAAUACAAAAUUGUGAUUUAUUAGUUAAAUUAAAAUUUUUAGAUCUCGUGAAAGAACAAUUAUAUCUGAAUCAAGAUUCAUGUUUUUUAAUCAUUAUCUUUUGUAUUUACCCUUUUUGUCAUCACUUUAAAAUGAGAAUUCCUAUUUAAAUCUAAAAGUACAGUAGGAAUCCUUUUGUGUUAUUGGGACAAUAUUACUGUAGUACUUAUUUAUUACAUUGUAGACUUUCUGGUCCUAAAGUUAUCUUCUCUCGUUCCUUUUGCUGCUUUUAGGGAUAAUUGAACUGGGAAACUAUAAAAAUAUUGAUUUUUUUUUCCCCUACCUAGAAAUAAUGAACAUUGACUCUGUUAAGUAAAGACACCAGGGCUAGCACAGUGGUCUUUGUUAAGUGUCUGGCACAAAGCAGGAAUUUUCUGCCCUUCAACAUAAAUAUUGAACUGCUUCAGUUUUAUCUAGUAACCACCAGUCCUAAACAAACUGUGCCUUUAACAAACGAGUUUAAACUACCUAUGAGUAUUUCUCUGUAGGGCUCACUCAAAUACAUGUUUGUUUGUAUAUUCUGUAUUCUAGCCAGAAUAACUUUAGAUGUGAUUAGGCAGUAGCUAUAGUUAGGGGGRAAAAAAAAAGAGGCUUAAGGAAUUUACAUCAAUUUUUUGAAUCUAAAACUUAUUAAAUAUACUGAGAUGCCUAUCCAGUGAAAUUUCCAAAUGUCAUAGACUAUCUAAAAUUCAGAUGAAUACUUAUUUUUGGCUUUUAUAAUGGGAUUUCAUAGUAAUAUAAAAAGAUUGUCUUCCUUGUCUCCAUGCUGUCAAUGGAUACUUAAACAGCUAAAAUCAGCUUUUCCGUAGCAUGAGUACAAAAUGCCCACUAUUUUUCUCACUCAACACAUUUAUUGAAAUUUGGCAAAAAUGCUGUGUUAGGUAUGUGUUAGAAGAAUCAAGCAGUGGCCUGGCCUUGAAAGAACUGAAGUCUGUAUCAUUCACCAUUUUAAAACAUUGCCAAGACAAGAGGCAGAAAGAAAUGUCUGGUAAUCCUGACAAA